AUGUCAAGUCCUGGAUGUUCACAGACCCAUGUCUCCUCGGGUAACCGAUCUCCCUCCAUCUCGGCCAACCGGCCAUCCAGUCUACCGUCCCGGCCACGCCUCAAUCCUUACCAGACACCAGAUCGACCAAUAUUGGGCAAGUCCCCUACCUCUUCAUCUUCGGUCUCCAGUGUCAGUACGAUGUCGACUGCUGAUAGCACAUUUUCGAUUAGAUCUUUCAGGCGUGAAUCGUCGCCAAUCACCCCACCAAAUGAUUUCGAGGAACCAAUUGAUCAGUGGCCAACUGCACAACCUCGAAAUUUGUAUGAAUCCCCUAUAAGAACCUCAAGGGAUUCAAGAUGUAGAUAUCAAGCAAUAGCUUCGCAAUCCAAAGCUGAUGAAGGUCGAGAUCGAGUCGAAGGUCAAGGAGAUGAUGAAGUUGACUAUCAAGAUGUCAAUAAUGACAACAACCAAGCUGAAAGGGUAUUGAAGAUGCCUGGGACUUUUCCGACCGUUGCAGAAGAACCCAUUUUCAACAGGCGUAUAAGCUCGGGCUUCAAUAAUGCCUAUAAUUCUAUGCCUGUUCAGUAUCCUACUCUUCCAGCGAUAGUACCACAGUGUCCAAAGUUUUGUUCUUAUGGAUCCGCUCGCAAAAGCACCCGAGAAAUAAAUCACGCUAUACGAUCACUUCUCCAGAGGCCACUCAAGCCUCAUUGCAACCUUACUGCUGGUUACAUAUAUGCGUAUGCUCCUUGUCACAUAAAGAUCGGUCAAUCAAGCAGAGCUCCAGAAACUCGCAUGCGCGAGUGGUCGAAAUGUAGAAUACCAAUUUCCAAGGUUUCCAAAUCUGUAUUUAUAGUUUCACCCGAAUCACCCAGUGGCAACGGCGAAGACGCUUUCUAUCAUUACGCGUUAGUUGAGUCUAUCCUCUUCGAAGAGUUUUAUAACCAGCGCAAGUGGUUUGAAUGCGAGGUUUGCAAAAACAACCAGCGCGGACCUAGAAGGCAUACAGAAUGGUUGGAAAUCGAUGCAUCAACUGCAACUCAUGCAAUAAGGCGCUGGCGUGAUUGGGUCGAAAGAGAAAAGCCAUUCACAUCGCUGGGGAGGCUAACGGCCUAUUGGCAGUGGAGAGUGGAUGAAUUACCGAAGAAUUCAUCGAGUAUAAAUUGGGAUGAUUGGACACGACCUGGGCUGUGGAAGUAUUGGAGGUUUCGGCUAGAACAGCUAUCCCUUCAUACUUCGAAGUUAAAACCGCAUUUUACGAGGAAAGAUAAGCAAUUUUGGACAAUGAGUUGCUUUUUCGUAUUUGUUUCAUUCUUUGUAUACACUCCCGAGUUCACCAUUUCAUUUGCAAUGCCCAAUUUUCAAGUCAACGAUGGCUCUACCACCUCCGCUUCCCCAAGGGCCAAUCUACCAUCCAACGCUGCCGAUAUGGAAACGCGUGACUUUUUGGCUCAAACUACACUUCGUCAGAACCCUUACCAAGAUCUUCAUCCCGAUACUCUUAUCCCCAUAUACUACUCCAAAGCCCCGAAAGCAACGUUCCCUCAACCAAUUAACGAAUUAACAGAUAUCGUGACCUCCAUCCUCGAAGACGAAUCUCUCCCAUUCGAUCGCUCUAAAGUAGCUAUUGGCGGGUUUAGCGCCGGCGGCUGUUGUUCCCUCGCCGUUCCACAAGCUCCCUCUCUUCAAGGCAAAAUCCAGGGCGUAUGUGCAUUCUACCCCCUUUGUGGGUUUGUGACGCCGCCAUCAGUCGCAAUUGCAGCGAGACCUUCUUAUGCGACUAAAGAUGGUUUGGAAGAUUUGGCUCCAUUGUUCAACUACGCGUAUAUACCUCCUGGAACAGAUUUGUGUGACCCGAGACUUAGUGUAACGUAUGCGGAUAGAAAGAUGUUGCCGAAGAAAAUUUGUAUGGUGGGGUGUGAGUUGGAUAUGUUGUGGUAUGAUGCUGAGUUUAUGGCGGAGAGACUUGUAGGCAAGGAGAGGGUAGAGGGUGAGACAGUCUGGGAAAAGGAUGGGGUUAGGUGGGAGAAGGUUAUGGGUGUUGAGCAUGGGAGGAAAAUGUACGAUGACGCUGCAGAGUGGCUAUUCAGAGAAGUUUACCAUUAA